CCCCGUUCAUGCUUUAAACCCACAGACAUCACCUAAUCUUGAUUCCCACAUGAAUAUUGAAGCACUUUUCAGCGUCAAAGACAAAGUCGUUCUCGUUACCGGCGGUUCUCGCGGUAUUGGCGAAAUGAUCGCCACCGGAUUUGUUCAAGGAGGUGCCAAAGUGUACAUCAGUAGCCGCACAGCCAAAGAUUGCGAUGCGACAGCUGCAAAGUUGAACCAACUGGGUCCUGGUCGCUGCUUCGCUGUGGCAGCCAACUUGCAAGACUUGGAUGACCUCAACCGCUUAGUGGCCGAAAUUAGCAAGCGUGAAAAACAUUUGGAUGUGCUUGUUAACAAUGCGGGCGCCACCUGGGGCGCUCCUCUUGCUGAAUAUCCUGAUGCCGCCUUCCAAAAAAUCAUGAACCUCAAUGUCACUCGUAUCUUCAGCUUGACCCAAGCCUGUUUGCCAUUGUUGAAAGCAAAAGCAACACCAGAUAACCCAUCGCGUGUCAUCAAUAUUGGCUCUAUCAACGGUGUAACUGUGCCUCGCUUCGAAACCUACGCUUACUCUGCUUCGAAAGCGGCGGUGCAUCAUCUUACCAAGCAUUUGGCAGGCAAACUUGCCCCAGAACAUAUCCUUGUGAAUGCUAUUGCCCCUGGUUCUUUCCCUUCUAAAAUGAUGGCAGCUACCUUGAAGGAUCAUGGAGAUCGAAUUAUUAGUGCCGUUCCUGUCGGUCGCGUUGGCUCGCCUGAAGACAUUGCUGGUACCUGUAUUUAUUUAUCCUCGCGCGCUGGACAGUAUACUGCCGGUGCAGUCAUUGUAGUAGAUGGUGGAGCAAUUCAAAACACCUCCCGACUCUAAACUCUCGCCUCCAAAAAAAAAAACCCUCCUCCACCUAAUAAUGAUUGGCUUGACAUUUUUUGUUUCAAUAUAACUGUCUCUCGGAAACAUAGUCAGGUGUAUGAAUGGAAUUGAAUGUGUUUUGAGGCGGUACUGUACGUGGUGAAGGAAAGGUAUGAGACAUCAAGUUGUAAAAGGUACCGUUAGGGUUGUUUCCACAAAUGUAGUUGAUGUGAAUGACACACGCUCAAAAACCGGUUUAAAACAAUAUCCAGAUUUGCUGUCCAAUACCAUGACAAUGGGGUGUAUGAGUCUCUUCAACCAGCUGUUUCAAUGUCCUUUUGUUUCGCCUCGUUUGAGCGGACUUCUUUCGAU